AUGUCCAGCUCGCCCUCACACGCCGAAAAUGCCGCACAUGCGGCGCUGCUGAGCGACCGGGCCCAUGUCCAUGUCCAGCCCGACGACGAUGCAGGCGUUGGCUCCGAUGCUGCUGUCGAUGCAGCAGCAGUCGAUCCUGUUACCUGUACACCUACGAGUGCACCCACGAGUACACCCCCGGCCCCGGGCUGUGAGGCCGCCGCUUCUGCUGCCAGGGAGGGCCUGAACCCGAGCCCGAGCCCAAACCAGAACAGCCAAAGCCAAAACCAGGAUCAGGACCACAGCCAGAGUCAAAGCCAGACCCAGUACCAGACGGACGGGAGCGGAGCGGACUCCUCCUCACCACCCUCCUCCUCUCCCUCUCCCUCUCCUCACACACCGGCAGCAACUCAUAUAAAGCCUGCCCCUAGCGUCGCAGCCCGCCAGCGCCAGCAGGGCCCUUCGCUGCUUUCACAGGCCCUGGCAUCUGCUCGAGGCAUCCUGCGCACCAACUCGUCUCCCAGCCAGCCGGACAAGUCGACCCGAUCCACGCCUGCCACUGCCUCCGUCACUCCGCCAGCUCUUGAUAAUACGAGGCCUGUUCGGUCCUCGCCUGCCACCCCCUGGACUGAGCCGCGAGAUGCAUCAGACUACAUCGACGUCGACGGCGCCUUGACGCGAGGUGAACCGCAAUCAACCACAAUGGCCACCACCAUGACCACCAUGACCUCUACCCUCCCGGUGCGAGACCGUGCUGCUCCUCCUACGUCGUCGUUCAAGUCCGAGAUCCUGUCCCACGCCAACGAAAUGCUUUUGGAGCACCGCGAAUUCCUCGACCGCACCCGAAGCAGGGCCUCUACAUCGCUUGACCAAGAUUCCAAGCUCUCGGGAUUACCGCACCAACACAAUCACCCACAUUCCCACUCGUCAACCCCCAACGACUCAAUAACACCCACCAACGGUAGCUACACUAGUGCCGUAGUAUCCCCUGACCACUCCACCGAUGCGGGAGACGAGACUGAUUCACAAGACUCUCACCAUGACCGUCACAAAGCACCUGCUGCUACCGAGAAGACGGAGAAGAUUUGGUCCAUUGGCUCUGGCGAUGGUAGCGAAGAGGAUGGUCUAGUGGAACAAUCAGUCGCCGAGGCCAUUGCCGGUGUGGAACACAAUGCACGCAGUCGCAAGUCUAGCUACAGUUUGCGCUUCUUCAAGGAGGGACUUCCUCCAGACGACAAGGCACGGCGCAAGGAAACCAGAGCCUCGCAUCGCGAUAAGCAUGUGGCUACGAUAGACGAAGAGCCUACUACUUUAACCGAGAAACAGCCACUAGAACAGUCGCACAAAACCGCAAAGGCAACACCGACAACAGACACAAGAGCGCCUGCAAAACUAACUAGGACCGAGUCUUUUCCAGCACGGCAAAAGGAACAAGGUGGCGAAAGGGCUUCUGCACCGCAAUCAUCUCUUCAUCAUAACGAGGCCAAGCUGGAGCCACCGCUUCAUCAUGAGGUGGGGCCGGACACGGCUCAAGUCGCCGAGGUGGAGAAGCAGCGGACGUCACAUGACUCCGAGGUCGGCCAUACUGAUGCCUCCGGACACAAGGAUGGAGGCGCAGCUGCCGAUGCCGAGGCUGAUGUCGAAGCCAAGAUCGAUGAUGCUGAGACCAAAACCAAAACCGAUGCCAAGGCAAUUGAGCAGGGCCGGGCCAGCGGUCACGUAAAUGACCACGCUAAUGACAAGGCUCAUACCGACUCUGACGCGGACACUGACUUGGAGGCAGAGGCUGACGAGUCUGGCGAAGAAAAGAUUUCUUCCGCCGUGUUCCACCCCCAUCAGGAGCUGGAUGACGGCCGUGCAAGCGUGAGUGAGGGUAGUGACAAUGAUGUGGUGCGACGGCCGAGGUCGCGCUCACAGACUAAGAGUCAUCCCUGGCUAGUCAAGGCCGACGAGCCUGAGCCCGAGAUUGAGAAUAAGGAUGAGAGUUCCUACCAGGUUUCGCAUGUUGCCUCCCGUGAGAGCCUUGUUUCACGUCGUGCAGAGGCCCCGGCAGUGGUCCAAGUCCCGACCGAAGCUGCCGUGGACGUUGACAAUGAAGUGAACCAAAUCACCCCUACUAAAUUAUCCCGAGCCGUGACCCAUCAUGAAGACCAUGUCCAUGACCACCAGCACCAGGCCCGUCGACCCCUAGAGGCCAUUGAACUCAUUCCAUACAAACAUCAGCUCAGCAACCGAGAAAACGAAUUCUAUGAAACUAUUGAACGAUAUCAUCGUGAUUUACUGCCAUUCCUUCCUCGGUAUAUCGGAGUGCUGAAUGUGACAUUCCAGAAGAAGCCUCGGAGAAAGAGCACCGUUCGAAAAGACGAGACGGCGGAUAAGCGCCAGCCGGAGUCAAAUGGCAGCAACGAGACCGAGCAGACAACAUCUACCCCUGCGCGGGUCAUUAGCCAAUCUCUUGCCAGCUCCAACGCCCCCAUUCCCACCGUAACGUUCGAUGAUAAUUGGCACAUUCUUCCUCGCAAUCUUCUCCAGCCAUCGCCCGUCCUGGACCCGGCGCACCGCCGGAGCACGUCGCUCUCCAAGAUAUCGCCCGCGUCGCCCCUCUCAUCCAAGGUGCCGGUGCGACCUCCCAUGGAAGAGCGCCCCAACAGCUGGGGAGCAACGACGGUAAAUAAGCGACUGCGCAACGAGGUGUUCAACGACGCAUUCCUUAAGCAGCCAAUCGAAGUUCAGAAACAUCGGCGCCCAUAUCAGCGACCCGUUCCUUUGCCAAAUCUCCAGCGACUGCUCCGAACCAGCAAUUCUGACCCCAGUCUUGCUGAGAAGCGUAUUAACAAUGCGGAAAGCAAAUCUGUUGCAGCUAGCCCUCUCAAGCCACUGACUCCACUGGUACAGCAGAUGAGCGAUCCCGAAUCUCAGGUCAACCAUCUGGCCGUCGAGCAACGAGAAGAGCCUGUUGAGGUCAAGGACGUCACGGGUACUAGUGCUCCCGAACCAGAGACUUUGGCGGCCAAUCCUUUGCUGGCCAAAAAGAAGCGUAGGUAUUCUGGAAGUGGUCUUCGACGCAAGCCGCAGGAUGUUCGAGACUCAAGGGGAGAUCUCAAGUAUUUUGAGGAGGCGGACGAUGCAGAUUACAAACGUGACCGAGAUGGCAACAAUGGUGGCGAAGGAGCCAAGCAAAAUACCGCCCCUACUACUACGACGACAACUCCUGCCAACGAACCCCUCGAGAUGGUGGUGGCCGCUACUACACCUGCUUCUACAUCGACCACCGCCCAAGAGCCUGACUCUUCUGAAAAUUCGACGGCCGUCCAGCAGGCCCUUCAGCAUCCAUCGGUGGAAUUCGCGCAAGUGCUUCGGCCAAACAACCCCAAGGAGGCCAAAACUGAGCGCGACAGGGUGGAAUACUUUUUACUCCUGGAAGAUCUCACAGCUGGCAUGAAGCGACCGUGCAUGAUGGACCUCAAGAUGGGAACGCGCCAAUAUGGCGUUGAGGCAUCUCCUAGCAAGCAGAGAUCCCAGCAGGAAAAGUGCAGGACGACCACCUCGUACGAGCUCGGAGUACGCAUCUGCGGACUGCAAGUCUGGAACGUCAAGACACAGACGUAUGACUUUCAGGACAAGUAUUUUGGCCGAAAAGUCCAGGCGGGCAACGAGUUCCAGGCUGCCCUUACCAAGUUUCUGUACAACGGUGUCGACUUGCACUCUAUCCUUCACCACAUCCCGGUCAUAUUGAGGAAGCUUUCACAGCUGGAGCAGAUUGUCAGCGAGCUGCGCGGCUAUCGCUUCUACGCUGCGAGUUUGCUCAUGUUCUAUGACGGAGAUGCCUCUGACGAGAACGGAGGCUAUGAGACGGCGUAUGACUCCAUGACGGACGCCGCGACGGAUACCGAGGAGACGAUCCGCAAGAAGAGAAAUAAGCGUGAGAUUGAUUUCAAAGUAGCAGACUUUGCCAACAGCCUCACGCCGCUGGACAAGGUAGAAGACAAGCCAUGCCCACCUCAGCACCCUAACCAACCGGAUCCUGGCUUCCUCAAAGGGCUGCGAAGCCUGAAGAAGUACUUUUUGCAGAUUCAGCGAGAUACGAGAGCCGAAUUGGGACUUGAUCCUCGCGGCUGGAGCUCAUCCCAGGGCCUUGAUGCCAUGGACGAUGAAGAAGACGACGGAAUGAUUAGUGUAUAA